AUGAUAGUAUGGGCCAUUUGGAAGCAUCGAAAUGAGUUAGUUUGGAAUUCCAAAAGACCCGAGGUUAGUGAGAUUGUGACAUUAGCUAAAUUGAACUUUAUUGAUUGGUAUAAUGCUCAUAAGAACACCGUUCCUACUCAUGAUGUUAAUGGUUCGGAUGUUGAAGUUCUAGAGCGUUGGACCGCCCCUCAAUUUCCUAUGAUUAAAGUUAAUGUUGAUGGUGCAAUCUUCUCUAAUGAGAGGCGUUUUGGUAUUGGUUUGAUAGCAAGGACAGCGGCUGGGGUUGUCUUACAAGCUAAGAGUCUACUCAAAGAGGGUGUGUUGAAGCCCCACGUGGUGGAAGCAAUUGGCAUAAAGGAGGCUCUGAGUUGGAUUAAAGACAAUAGAUGGACGAAUGUGGUGGUGGAGUCGGAUUGUUUGAGAGUCAUCAGGGACUUACAAAAGUUUAAACAUAUGGCUUCUCCUUAUGGCCAUAUACUUUCUGAUUGUAUGACUUUGUGUUCGGGUGUUGAUGAUGUUUCUUUUAAUUUUGUUAAGCGAUCUGCUAAUAAGGUUGUGCAUGCUAUUGCGCGAUCUUCUCUUAUUGAGGCUGAUUGUACUUACUCUGGGGAUGCAUUACCCAUGGAUUUUGCAUCUUUAGUUUUGAAUGAUUUGAUUUAA